UGACGCUAUUGGUCGAGCAUGGUGGCCGUUCGUCCUGUAGCCUGCUGGCCUACGGGUGACGACACGCAUGUGGGUGGUGCCGCUGCUGGAAGUGAGGGGGUGUGGAUGGUUGUUGUUGUAGCCGGGGAUAGAGCGAUGGAUCCGGGCAGUGCUGUGCACAGUGCCAGGGAGAAGCUCUCCGGAGUCUCCGGUACCCGGCGGGAUCACCAGGGCAGUGCGGCCGUGCCGGUGCCCUCCGUGCGGGACAUGAAGCUGGAGCAGGAGAAGCUGUCAGGGGUGGUGAAGAGCGUGCACCGGAGCCUGCGGAGGAAGUAUCUGGAAGGUACGGCUGGGGGCAGGCCCCGCUGGGGGAGAGUCCCGGUAACCCCCGGCAGCGGUGCACCGAUCCGCCUCAGUUCCACUGUCGAUUUUGAUAAAAUUUGGAAAGAACACUGUAAAGAUGAAGAAAGACUUUGUGAAUAUGCUGCUGCAAUGAAAAACUUAGCUGAUAAUCAUUGGGCAAAGAAGUGCGAAGGAGAAGGACGAAUUGAAUGGUGCCUCGGUGUUUGUCAAGAAUAUUUCUUCAAUGGUGGAAAGAGAAAAGCAAUUGAAAAAGAUGCAAGAAGAGCGAUGCUAAAUAACCACCAGCAUCCUAGUUGUGACCAAGUACUUGUUUCUGGGCUUGAUAUUUCAAAUGUCACCACCCCAAACCAAGAAUUUCAUCAUCCUGGUAAGCUCAGAUUGCUUGAUGUUGGGAGCUGCUAUAAUCCAUUUAUGAAGUAUGAAGACUUUCUGGCUGUUGGUAUUGACAUUGUGCCUGCGGUCGAGACUGUAUAUAAAUGUGACUUCCUUAACCUACAAAUACAAAGGCCGCUUCAACUUGCAGCUGAUGCUCUCGAUGCGUUCCUGAAGCAGCUGAAAAGCCCCAUAGAUUAUCUACCUGCUGAACUUUUCCAUGUGGUAGUUUUUUCUCUCCUCUUGUCUUACUUCCCUUCACGGUAUCAGCGAUGGAUUUGCUGUAAGAAAGCCCAUGAACUCCUUGCACUGAACGGUUUGCUGCUCAUUAUUACCCCAGAUUCUUCUAAUCAGAAUCGGCAUGCGAUGAUGAUGAAGAGCUGGAAAAUUGCCAUUGAGUCUCUUGGAUUUAAGCGUAUGACUUAUUCAAAAUUUUCACAUAUGCAUCUGAUGGCAUUUAGGAAAACCUCCCUGAAAACUACCAGUGAUCUGAUUACACGGAACUAUCCAGAUAUGCUCUAUAUCCCCCAGGAUUUCAAUUAUGUGGCAGAAGAGGAAUAUUCCAGCUCUUAUUAUGCCAGGUCUGAACUGGAAGAUGAACAGUUGGCAUACACAUUUUCCGAGCUGCCAGACACUCCUUAUGAUUCAGAUUCUGGAGAAAGCCAUACAAGCGCAAUGUCUUUCUAUGAGUUUGAAGAUCCCAUUCUUCUUUUGAGCUAAAUGAACUCUGUGGCGUUCUAAUGCCUAUUGCCAAAACAAGGCAAAGACUUGAAUUAGAAAAAAAAAAAAAAGUUUACAAAGUUUGUUAUUUUUCCUACACCUGUAUUUUAGAGAUUUUUACUGUUAUGCAGAACUGGAUGAAGCUUUGUAGUCAUUGCUAAAUGGUUUGUUUUUGUUUUGUUUUUCUACACAAGGUACUUACUACACCUGGAGCAUCACCUCAUUACAUGCAUAUAUUUUCUACUCACAUGGUACAUCGAGUGCGCUGAAUAGUGUUAAUAAGCAGAGAGAACAUUAGUGUGUUUUCAUUUCCUAAAUUCUGGUUUCCUACAACAAAAACUUGGUCUACCCUGCUGGGUAAUAAUGCUUUUAAGUGGAAUUAUAUUUAAUAGAUAGAUCUAUCUGAUUUACCAUUUAAGAGCAAAUCAAACUAAUGGGAGCCAUAUUUGCACCUACAGAAAAAAACAUUUUGUGCUGGAAAGAGGAUGGCCAGUCAAAUUCACAAACCGAUUGGGAGCUUUGAUGGACUACCAAAUAAAAAGAAAAGGUUAAUUUGCACUAUUUUAUUUCUUUACUCAUUUAAAACAAUUAUAAUUGAUACUGACUUGUCUGCAAAUGUCAAAAGCAUUAGUCAUCCAGAAUUAUUUGAAAUCAAGAUUUUAAUUACCGGUAGUUUAUGCAGCUGUUUCAGCUUUGCUAAAAUAUUGUCUUCCUAAUAAAACUGCAGACUGUAUUAAGCAAUCAUAA